UAUGUCAAUGACGAGCGCCGCGCCACAAGUCGCUGCGGUGAUGUCAUUGUGGACCAACGCUUAGACGACAUAUGUGACGUGACAUAUGAUUUAAAGGCAGAGAAGACCUCGAACAAACAAGUGUUCAUUCAUUUCUUGACAAUCUACUGCUCUCUAUUACCAGAAUUCACCUUCAUCACCCAAGCUACGUAUUAGAUCACAUCACACAAUGUCGAAUGCAGGCAACUCCAACGUCGGCUUCCCCAGCCUCUACGAGGCACAGAACCAGCGCAACUACAAGCAAUCAGAGGUCGCCGAGCUGACGCAGCACACUGGCGAGAAUGUGAAGGGUUUCCUGCCAAAGGACCAGAGACGCGAAGUCAACCGCCUACAUGCCGAAGAAUCCCAGCGGAGGCAGCAGGAGCAGAUCAAGAAGGACCCCACUCUUGCGGCAACAUUGCACGGCAACAAGCCCCACAAGGGCGCCGUGAUUGACAAGGAGCUGCAAAAGGAGGAUGAGGCAAUUCUGAGGAAGAAGGGUGAUGCUACUGCCGGCAAGAAGAUGUGAAUUUGUUGGAAUAGGGGAAGUGUAAACAAAGGCUGCGUGACAUCGUUUGGGAGAAAGCUUGUGAUCGUUAUUUCAAAGUGGACGUAGUUCAGCUGAGGGGGGGGAAUUUUCGCUGUCAUGAAUCUAUAAUUAUUGGUACACAGAACUACGAAAUAUGAUCUUGUGUACUAGUUGA